AUGUCAUUAAGUACACGAGAUGCAAUGGAGUUUCCACAAUCGGAUAGAGAAUUCCUAGAACCUCAUUUACCACCGGAUGACUCAACGUCUCAGCCCGAUAUGCCAUUUACCACACUCACAUUUGCGACAAGCCUUGAUAGCUCUCUAGCCUUGUCCCCUGGUGCAAGAACAGUGCUUUCCGGACCACAGUCAAAGGCCAUGACUCAUUAUCUGCGAUCCCGCCAUGAUAGCAUCCUGAUUGGUGCUGGAACGGCCGUAGCCGACGACCCAGGCCUCAAUUGUCGUAUCGCCGGCGUUGGAGGCUACGGCAGCGAGGGCCUAGAUGGCCAACCUCGCCCGAUAGUUAUUGAUCCAUCAUCUCGCUGGGAUUUCUCUGACGAAAGCAAGUUAUUCCAGCUCUGCAGGCAGGGACGUGGCCUGGCACCAUGGAUAGUGACGGCUCUCCAAGAGCCACCAGCGGAGAAGAUAGCCUUGUUGGAUAAAUAUGGCGGGCGGUUCAUUCCAGUUGAGAUGCAAAUUUCAGAUGCUGGUCAUCAUCAGAUCGAGUGGAAUGAUCUGCUUCGUACUCUUCGGUCAAACGGUCUGAGGAGUGUUAUGAUCGAGGGUGGUGGGCAGGUUAUCAACUCUCUUCUUGCACCGUCAUAUAUGUCCUUGAUUGAUAGUGUUAUCAUCACUAUUGCUCCUACCUGGUUGGGCCAAGGUGGUGUAGUUGUAUCACCGGCUCGGCGCUUUGAUGGACAAGGAAAUGCAAUUUCUGCAGCACGGUUGAAAAAUGUGAAGUGGUAUCCAUUUGGGGAAGAUGUUGUUCUUUGUGGUCAAGUCAAAAAUCUGGAUGGUGCACAAUAA